AUGACAAUCGGAACACUAUACGCCUGGACUAAUGCUAGAGGGAUGUUGCCUCGUGGUCUCAUCGACUGGCUAAAGAUCGAUAUGACUAUUGCCAACCCUAGUGACAAUGUUGAGGAGUUCAAAAAACUAUUCCCGCUAGGCAAAAAUCCAGCAAUAUUGGGCAAAGACGGUUUUGAGCUGACCGAAGUGAUGGCGGUUUCGUAUUAUCUGGUCCACCUGAAGGGUGAUCCCGAAGUUGAAAAAUCACUUUACGGAAAUACACUAGAGGAGCGUUCGCAGGUGAUCAGACUCUUCUCAUUUGCAAACCAGGAAAUAGCCUCUAGUGUUGUGGCAGUUGUGACAGCUGCCAGAACCAAUGCCAGUGCCGAACAAUACGAUGAAAAACUGUCACAGUGUCUCGCCAACUUCGGGCUUAUCGAAAAGUGCCUAACCAAGCACGAGUAUUUGGUGAAUGACCAAAUCACAAUUGCCGAUUUGUUUGCAGCAUCACUUUUUGGCACUCUUUUUGGCUUUGCGCUUGGGAAGGAUAAGUUUGGUGGCUUCACCAAACUGCAGCAGUGGCUCCCCAAAGUGUUGGAACACCCAACGCUCAAGGGCAGAGUGAAUGUGUCAAACUUCAAAGAGCAGACAAUUGCGCCUAGCCAGCAGUGA